AUGUUUAUGUUCACGCUGAGAAUUUUUGUUACGCCUGUUGGCUUUAUUUAUCGAUAUGCUCUUAUAUGCGGGAAACACAGGCUAGUUCGCUUGUACGAUCAGCGCCGUUACGUGAUUGGUGUUUGUCUACUGCUCAUGAUAAUUCCGAUGGCCAUGUCCAUAGCGAACAGAAUAAUGAGUUCCAUCAAUGAACGAGCUCUUCUCAAUCCGAUGCUGCAGCUGCUGGAUAAUGUACUAAUCAUCGUUGUUUAUAAAGAUAUCUCUUCAUCUAUCAUCAUGAACGUAGCCUCUGCUGUAUUUUUUGUUGAGUUAUGCAACUGCUUGUUUCACCUGCUCGUUAGCCUGGUAGAAAUACAUCCAAAUUUAGCUGAAAAUAAAAUGUCACACAAUGUUUUCCUGACAUGCUCGGAGCUGCCACGAUUUGUCCCUUCUAAUGUGGGUGUUCGCUGUGAUAAGCCUCGUGUUCAUCAUUUCAACGACAAUUUCAUACAGUAUCAUUUUCAUAACAUCCCAUUGUAUACUCAAAACGUUGCGAGAAAAUGCCACGGCAGCAAGAACGAAAAUGCUUCAACGACAGCUCACCAUCGUUAUGCUAUUCCAGGCAGCGACACCGCUGAUUUGUUCAACAGUGCCACUUAUUGUCUUCCUAAGCGCGAGCUACGGCGGUGUGGUUGUGGACGAUUACGGAUCGUUGGCGAUGAUGUUUAUAAACUGGCAGCCUUGUUUGAAUUCAAUCUUCUCACUCUACUUUGUCAAACCAUUUCGAACUGGGUUUUUUCGCUUGUUUCGGCAAUCUGUUGUAUCCAUUUCUGGAGCGCAGCCUGCAAUGGCUACAAAGCUUAA